CUUUGAAAUUGUGUUUUAUAGGACAAUUUGAAUAUAUAUCCAGAGGAGUACAAGCCAAUCUGCAUGAAAAACUACAACAGCAUACGGAAGGAUCACAAGAACAAGCUUAAGGCUAAGUAUUUCAAGCCUAGAAGUUCUGAUCCUAAUCUGAAGGAUGAUGUUCCUAUGCACAUUGUGCCAAGCCAGUGGGAAGAACUUGUGGAGUAUUGGUGUACUUCCGAUGCUGAGAAAAUCGCAAGUAGGAACGCUAAAAAUCAGCGAGCUCACGGCAUAGCUCAUACCACAGGGCGUACUACUUUCUCUCAGAUACGGCAUGAGAUGACCAGUAAGGGGGAGUCUACUGAUAAGAUAAAUGUUUGGCUUAUGACAUGUAGAGUAGAUGACCCAGAGGUUAUUCAGACCUUGGAUGAGUUUAAUCGUCAACUCUCUAUGCUACCUGAGGAUGGUCGGACUUUGGAGGCUAGGAAUGCCAUUUUCCAUGAGUUGAUAGGUCAUGACGGACAUGGAUAUUGUCGCACAUACGGGAGAAUUGUGCCUCGGAGAACGGUGUAUAAAGAUGGUGCUGGGCCAUCACAAUCAACACCCUAGCCAUCGACUAUUGAUCAGAUCACGCAGAAGGUUCGUGCAGAGCUAAGGGAUGAGUUGAGGGAGGAGCUGCGAGCAGACUUCUCUACACAUUUACAGU